AUGAAAUUAAUUAGAAAUAUUUGGCAGCAGCAGAGUAAAGAAUGGAGUUUCAUAUGUGUUUAGUCUUUAUACGUUAGCGGUAAUUCCUCUCUUCCUUUUUUUUCCUGAUUAAAAGUUUGGAAAAAAGGUUGCGUAUGAGUACUACUAUCUAACUUAAGUGUAUUCUCAUAACUUUAGAAUUAAAUCAUUUAAGGAGAUAUAGCAAGGACAACAGUCUGAUUGUCCAACACAAGAUACAUAUUUUGGGUUCGUUUUCGUUAAUUCGAUGUGUGCCUAACUAACUGGAAAGUGUUUACUAGAAGCUGGACGUAUGACGGCGUGUUGAGUUGAGAAAGUGCUUAAGCGAGUGUCUUAAACUAAUCAUGUUAACUAAAAAAGUGAAUGUUACUACUGAAUGUCGAUACAGGUAUAGACUACUAAUUCUAGAGAAUCAACCAUUGGCACGUAAAUAUAUCAAGUGUUAAACUAAAUAAGUAUCGUCAAAGGUUCUCCAAUGAUUUGCUUGUUGUGUACAGUCAUCAGGGAAUAAGUUCAUACUUUCCUCUCUUCCUCUUUAGUUUAUCGUGAUGUUUUUUCUUAAUGAUUUAACUUUUGUAUUGUUUUUCGUCUGUGAGUUAUAUGUCCAUAACUCGGUUCAUAUACUGCACAAUCGCAGAUUCAAGUUAUUUUCAAAUAUCUGAAUGCAUGAUGAAAUUUAAUCAAUUUUAUCUCUGCUAGUUUCACUUCGUUACCAUUGUUCUUUUUUACAUUGUGUUUCAAGUCUUUUGUAAGCAAAACAGAAAACGUUUAUUGUAAAAACUUGUUUUGAACGUUUUAUUUUUCAGAAGUUGGUGAGAUGUUAUAAAACUCGUUAUUGUCUUCAAAAACUGCAUUUCGGUCUUGUCUCGUUUAUGAAUAAUAAGAGCAUGUCAUCUCGCAAUUGUUCAUCAUCUAGUGAUAUUUCACAAUCAAUAAAGUAUCCACGAUUCGAUAAUAUCCAGUUGAAGUGUCUACCAGUUGAUGAUGGUCCGAAUACUAUCCGUUCUGUACGAAAUGCUUGUUUUGCACGCGUUAAUCCAACAAAAGUGGAUAAUCCCCGCUUAGUUAUUUUAUCGCCUGAUGUGCUGAAUCUUUUAGACAUAGAAAGUGAUAAAUCUGAAGAAACAAAUUCGUUAGUUGAAUACUUGUCAGGUAAUAAACUAUGGCCUGGUAGUGAUCCUGCAUCUCAUUGUUAUUGUGGCUAUCAAUUUGGAAGUUUUGCUGGUCAACUUGGCGAUGGUGCAGCGAUGUAUUUCUUUAGGAGAAGUGGUCAAUCAAAAGGGUGAACGUUGGGAGUUGCAGUUGAAAGGAUCAGGUUUAACUCCAUUUUCUCGACAAGGCGAUGGAAGAAAAGUGUUACGUUCUAGUUUGCGAGAGUUUCUUUGUUCCGAGGCUAUGCAUUAUUUAGGUAUACCAACAACCCGAGCUGGAUCGGUUAUUACUUCUGAUACUAUGGUUGAGCGUGAUAUUUUUUAUACGGGGGAUAAUAUUCUUGAACGAGCCAGUAUAACUAGUCGAGUGGCUAAAACAUUUAUAAGGUUUGGCUCUUUUGAAAUAUCGAAACCACAAGAUCCAGUUACUGGACGUUAUGGACCAAGUUUUGGUAAUUUGGAAAUUGUAUCACAACUUACAAAUUUUGUAAUUCAACAGUUUUAUCCCCAUAUUUGGGAGAAGUAUUCACUUUCAAAUUAUGAUGACAUGGUUAAUUGUUAUGUGGAAUUUUUUAAAGAAGUUCUUGAACGUACAGCACAUUUAGUAGCACUUUGGCAAACUGUUGGAUUUUGUCAUGGUGUGUUGAAUACAGAUAAUAUGAGUAUUAUAGGCCUGACAAUUGACUAUGGACCAUUUGGUUUUAUUGAUCAAUUCACAUGGGAUCAUAUACCUAAUACUUCUGAUCCAGAUGGACGAUAUGCUUAUGCACAACAACCAGUUAUUUGUAUGUGGAAUUGUAUACGUUUAGCUGAAUGUUUAAUUCAAGCGUUGCUUGAUCAACAGAAAGUAUCUAAGUCAUCUGAUGAAUCAGACAAGGAAUCUUUAGGCUUUGAUGAUUUGAAAAUGAAAUUUGUUAAUAUUUUACAAAAUGAAUAUAUGUAUUCGUUUAAAAAGACAUAUUUGGAAAGAAUGCGUAAAAAGCUUGGUUUACUUCAUCAAGUGGAUCAAAUCGAUGCAGAUCUUGUUCAUAAUUUACUGAAUACAAUGGAGAAAACAGGAGCUGAUUUUACAAAUACAUUUCUAGCUCUUGAAGAUACCUUAUCACAAGCAUUUAAUAAAUAUGGUGAUGCAUUGUUCAAUAACACUGUAGACAGCAAUGAGUGUCCUUUAGAAACAAAUCAUCUAAUACAAGAAUGCUGUUCAUUGUGUCAAUUACAGGAGACUUUUGAACCAAAGGAUACGGAAUUAUACCGUCAACUGAUGGCAAGAUUGGAUAGUAUGCCUCGAAGUAUGCCUGAUAAAUUUGAAGCAACUAAAAUGUUAAAAAGUGAAGCUAGAGAGAAACUUUACAAAGAAAUAGAACAUCUUACUGAGGCUGAGCAUCAAGAAAGAAAUGCACGUAUAUGGAAUAAUUGGCUGCAGGAGUAUGCAAAACGUUUGAAAAUUGAUCAUCAGAUGGACAGUAAUAAUAAUAAUAACAAGAUAGAAAUUUCAGAACGUUUACGUGUAAUGAAAUCUGCAAAUCCUCGAAUUGUUUUACGUAAUCAUCUUGCCGAAGAAGCAAUCAAAUCAGCUGAGAAAGGAGAUUACACUGUGGCUGAAAAGUUAUUCAAUGCAUUAACUACACCUUAUGAAGAUUUUAAUUUUCCAUCGGAUGGGACACUUGGUCAGGGUUCUACGACGACUGGCAAAAGCAACAGAAUUCGUCCUCCUGAUUGGUCUCGUAGACUGCGUGUCUCGUGUUCCUCGUAAUUUUUAACAUUCAUAAUCUUUAACAUGUAGAGCUAUUUAUUUAGUUUGAAUUACUGUGCUAUAUUUUUCAUUUGUUAAACCUUCGUUAUAAAACGAGUUAAUUUGCUCUUUUAUACACUGAUUUUGUUCUCAUCAUCAGAUUUCUUUUGCCGAUAAAAAUGAAAUACAUUUAUCUGUUUAGAUC